GUUGUUUACUACGAGCAAGACGGGGACGAGAUGUACCAGUUCAAAGCCCAGGCCGACAUUGUCACUGUUCCCGAUUACGAGAUAUUACAGGAGAACCUGGUGGAGAGCAAGCACCACCGGCUGGCGCGCUCGCUGCGCUCGGGCGUGUCGGGGCGCGACGCCAAGCCCACGGCGGCCGAGCGCGACCAGCUGGCGGCGCUGGAGGCCUCGCCGCCCGCCACGCCGCUCAGCGCCGCCGAGCAGGACCUGCUCUGGAAGUUCAGAUUCUACCUCUCAUCCCACCGGCGAGCGUUGACGAAGUUCCUCGAGUGCGUCACCUGGAACCGACCAGGUAACUUUUAAAUAUAUUAAACUGCCGCCGCCGUGCGGUUACCGCUGUCUUUUUUUACGAUACCAAGUGGCGAGACGAACAAGCUGUGCGCCUGUUGGUAAGCGACACGCCUAUCCAUAAAGAUCUGACGGUCACUGCCACUGCGCAUACCCUGAGACAUAAGCUGACAAAUCCUAUGUCUAUGGUUUCACCAACACCUUUCUGAAACUAAAACGCAGUAAUUA